UUGCUAUGGAAAUGAAGUAAAAUUGAACAAAAAUGUAAAAAUAAUGACUUUUAGACAUUCCCAUAUUUGUAAGUCUCCCUCUUUUUUUUUUCGUCACCUGCAAAAGUUUUAAGAACGUAUACUUAAGUAGGAGGGAUGACAUGAUCAUAUAUACAAGCCGAAAUGAUGGAAUAAAGGAAGUUUAUAAAAGACAAUUAAUUUGAAAGUAAAACUUUGCACGUCCAUAGAAGUUUCUCUAUAUGCAGUAGUAGUUAAAUGAUGUUGUAUAAAAUAUGCCAAGACAAGGAAAUGUGUAGACCCAAGGAAAAAGUCAAAAAGAAAGAGAGUGUGGAAUAGUCAUUGGUGUGCUUCAUGAUACAUUGGUCAAACUUUGACAAAUAUUUAUGUCAUGUACGUACUUAUAAAAAGAAACCAAUUUCAUUUUUGUGGAUAAGAAAAGACCACAAUAAUUGACUUAUUUGAAAUCAUACAAUAAACAAAUCCAUAUUUGACUUAUUAGAGAACAAUUUUAGAAUUAUUCUGGGUGGAUAUGAAUAGAGCAGCGUGUAAACUAGUACUCCGUAAGAACUAAUGUGACCAGACCUGUCAAAAAUCGACCCGAUCCGAAAACCGACCCGAACCCGACCCGAAAAAAGCGGGUCCUGAACAAGAUUUUUCAACCCGUAACCCGUUUUUAUCCGAACCCGAAUAACCCGAAAUUUUCGGGUUAGAAACGGGUCUGGUUCGGUCUGACCCGUCGGGUUUGGUGGUUAAAUGAAAAUUUUGAAAUUAAAAAAAAAAAAUGAAAAAACAACCUAAAAACCCUAAAACUAAAGUAUCAGACUUCUGGAGCCGCCGACCAAACACCCAUCUCACUUUCUCUCCCUCUCAUCCUCUCAUGAUCUCAUCCUUCCGAGCUCUAUGAGUCUCUGGUGUAUCGGCAAGGUGACGGUCCGGUCGAGCUCUCAUCCUCCAUUCUAUAAGCGAGGAGGUUCUCCAGCAGGUUGCAUUCCCUUUCUUCGUGGUCGCCUUAGUAGUUGAAAGGGUCGUGAACACAUGAAUUGCUAAAUUGACAUAAUCUCCAGGUUUCUUCAAAGUAACUCUCAUGUCAAGUACCAGUUUGCCUUUGACAAGGAUCUUUGUUAAUUUGGUUGAUACUUGAUAGGGACAGGGAUAACAUUUGAUUUGGAUAUUUGGGUUACAAAUUUACAAUGAAAUUUAAUUUAAUGAUUCAUAAAUUCAUAUUGUUUCCCAGUUUUUGUAACCUUAAUUAAUGGUGAUUAAUUUGACUUAUAGAAAAUCUCGUGGAAACAGAGAUGGAGUACCAAUCUACCAUGGAGAUUUCGUGCAUGCACGUAGUUAACCACUGAAUUCAAUUCUUAAUAAAACGUUGGUGAUAUGAUAAGAGUUUAACUUGUAAUUGUUCUGUUAUGGUGCAUUUGUUCAACCCGAACCCAUAAAAAAGGUAUCUAAUAGUAAAAAAAAGGCGUUAUAAAAAAAGGCGCUAAAAAAGCUUUAAACCCGUUGGGUCAACCCGAACCCGAACACUCUGGGUCCUGAACAAGCAUUCGUCAACCCGAACCCGAAAGUGACCGACCCGCUAAAAUCCGAACCCGAAAGUGACCGACUCUGACCCGACCCGACCCGACCCGUUUGACAGGUCUAAAUGUGACUGAUAGCGUUGAUGGUUUUAAUCAGGUAAAAUAAACUGAUAGCGAUGCGGUAAAAUAAAAAACCGCGGCAUUUACCCCACUUUUUACCGCAAGACUAGAACUAAUAGCACUGCAGUAAAAAAGUAAAAUAAAAAAAUAAACGCUGGAAUUUAUCCUACUUUUGACCGCAAUGAUAAAUAUAUUGUAAAUAUUUUAUGCAUUGUUAUUCAUAGUAAAUAGAAUACUUUGUAAACCCUAGUAUCUCUUGUAUACACUUGUAUAAAUACUCCCGUACAAUCAAUAAUAAUCUCAAGGAUAAUUUCCUACAUGGUAUCAGGCCCCCUUUCCUGAACCCUAGCAGUUCUGCUGCCCUCCCUUCUUCCUCUUUCGUCCUCCUUCUUCCUCUAUCCCACCAUGGCUGACACCUCUCAUGCUACUCUCUCCAAUAUCAAAAAUGCCGUCCCCAUUGUUUUGGAAUUAGACAAGGGCCAAUACUCUCAUUGGGCAGAACUCUUUAAACUUCAUUGUCGGGUCCACCGAGUCAUCGACCAUAUCAUUGCCCCUGCUCCAUCAGCCGCCGGCGACUCCACCACGGUGAAAACCGAAGCUGAAAUUGCUGAAUGGAACCGUCUCGACGCUGCCGUCCUCCAAUGGAUAUAUGGUACGAUUUCUCAUGACCUCCUGAGCACGAUUAUAGUUCCUGACACCACUGCCAUGAAGGCCUGGGAGAGCCUUCGUCUCAUCUUUCAGGACAAUGAAAUUUCUCGUGCCGUAUGCCUGGAACAACAGUUUAACGCCGUUAAACUAGACAACUUCCCUAACAUGGACUCCUAUUGCCUUGAAUUGAAAACCCUAGCCGACCAACUUGCAGGCGUCGGUGCUCCGGUGUCUAACAACAGGCUCGUUUUGCGACUAAUUGCUGGGCUAAAUGCAAACUAUGAUGGUAUGGCCAUCAAUUUAUCACGAGCAAAACCCCUUCCCUCAUUCACAGAAGCACGGUCCAGCCUCUGUAUGGAGGAAAAGCGCAAAGCACACCAGGCCGGAGACGGCGCUGCUGUCGACGCCACGGCUCUCCUUACCACUAACCACCAUGACGAUUCGGACGGUGCCCCAAACAAUUUUAAUCGUUCGAAUCAACCUCGCCGCGGCGGUAAUAAUGGAAAUCGCGGCCAUAACGGUGGUAAGAGGGGUGGCCGUGGAAAGCACAGAGGGGUGGUAACAACGGCGGCAACUCCUCCGGGGCUCAGACCGACGAUGGUCAACAGCAGGCGCAGCAAUCUUGGGGUUCCUGGCAGUGGGUUCCCCAUGUGCCUCAACAGCAGCAGAAUUGGCAAGUCCCCCCUUGCCCUUACCCCAUGCAGCCAGCACGUAGCAUGGCUCCGAGGCAGCCUGGCAUUCUUGGUGCCCGUCCCCAACAAGCUUAUUCGGCUCGUCCAUCCAUUUAUGCUCCUACUGAUAUUGAGGCGGCAAUGCACACAAUGACACUACAAAACCCGGAUGAUAAUUGGUACAUGGACACCGGUGCGACAUAGAAUAUAACCGCUAAUGGAGGUACUCUCUCCCCUUAUUUUAAUUUGAGCAUUAAUCGUAACAUUAUUGUUGGUAAUGGACACGAAAUUCUAAUUCGCGGUUAUGGGCACAAAUCCCUCCCUAUCCCCUCUCUCCACUUAAAGAAUGUUCUUCAUGCCCCUAAACUCAUCAAAAACUUGAUUUCCGUUCGUAGAUUUACAAUUGAUAAUAAUGUUUCUGUUGAGUUUGAUCCUUUUGGAUUUUCUGUGAAGGACUUACAGACGGGGAUGCAUCGAAUGCGAUGUAAUAGCUCGGGGGAACUUUAUCCUAUCAUCACCAAAAAUCGAGCCACAAAUCCUUCGGCCUUCACUGCCUUGUCUCCUGCUCUAUGGCACGCCCGAUUGGGUCAUC